GUGACACCACAAGUCACAGGUCCUGCUGGGACACACUCACCUACCAGUCAGGAAACAUCUCAUUUAUACCUCUUCCUUGUGUCACAGCUGCUCAAGGUCAGCUCACCAUCCCACCAAUUCCACUUGCGCUACUGAAGAGCUCCUCCAUCUCCCUCAGCCUCCUUCGUUCCCUCCUCCACCUCUUCGGCAGCAGUCAUGAACUGGUCUGCAUUGGAGGCCCUCCUCAGUGGGGUCAACAAAUACUCCACCGUGUUCGGUCGCGUCUGGCUUUCCAUGGUCUUCGUCUUCAGGGUGCUGGUGUUCGUGGUGGCAGCCCAGCGGGUGUGGGGCGAUGACAGCAAGGACUUUGUCUGCAACACGGCCCAGCCGGGCUGCCUCAACGUGUGCUACGACCACGUCUUCCCCAUCUCCCACAUCCGCCUGUGGGCCCUGCAGCUCAUCUUCGUCACCUGUCCAUCACUGAUGGUGGUCGGUCACGUCAAGUACCGGGAGAAGAAGGACUCGAAGUACACCGCCUCACACAAGGGCGCCCAUCUCUAUGCCAACCCAGGGAAGAAACGUGGAGGGCUGUGGUGGACGUACCUGGCGAGUCUGAUUUUCAAGGCAGGCUUCGAUGCCGGCUUCCUCUACAUCCUCUACCAUGUCUAUGAAGGUUAUGACUUGCCCCGACUGUCCAAGUGCUCCCUGCCGCCGUGCCCCAACACGGUGGACUGCUACAUAUCCCGACCCACCGAGAAAAGGAUCUUCACCCUCUUCAUGGUGGUUUCUUCUGUCGUCUGCAUCUUCAUGUGUAUCUGUGAGAUGGUUUACCUCAUCUGCAAACGCAUCCAGAAACUCCUUAAAAAGAAGAUUCAGGCAGACAGGAGGAUGUUCGCAGAGACUCACGAGAUGGCGCCGCUGUCAGCGCCCAGGUCAGGGUUCAGGCCCAAUUCACCCAUCAGAGUGGAUCCUACAAUAUCCAUCCAGAACCUCACUAACAUCAAGGCUGAGGAUGCGGCAGAGAAAAAAUAAUAUGUCAGCAGCUAUGUUGAAAAACUGAGUUAACUACCCAAGGUGCCAGAAUACAUGAUGAACUGCAGCUCGCCGCCAAAGAGAUAUUCAUCAAUUCAGGGAUUUCUAAGACAGUGGUUUGUGAAUACUAUCAUGUUAAAUGACUUUCUGCAGGAAUGCACACCUGAUGCAUGCAAAUUAAGCAGAAGAAGCUAAAAGGUUAUGUAUGUGUAUGAAUGCGUGGAUGUGUGCAUGUCUGUGUUUUUGUGUAUUCCUAUCAUCCAGUAGGAUCAGGUAUCAGAUACUUUGUAAAUAAAACUGCUAAAAGUCUAAAAUGUUGAAAGACCCCAUGUGAUGUAGUUACAGAGUGGACUUCCUGAAAAUACACACUGCUCCCUAACGUAUAAAACAAAAUAAAGUACAGAGCACUUCAGGUGUGACACAGUAAACUGCAGAAAUCAGUUGAAAAGUUUUUGUUCUCAAAUAUGGAGUAUGAUGGAAAUUGUCCUCAUUAUGCUUCAAAAGUUACUCUGGCCCUUGUUGACAUUUUGUGUCCACACACAAUUAAAUCAGAAUCGCUCAAUGAAUGUAUGACACGUGUAUGCACUAAUUCAUGCCACUGAAAUAUGACACCAAACAUCUUUUUAUACCCACACAUUCUUAUUAAUUUGUUUGUUUGUUUAAAAAAAGAAUGAAGUCAGAUUCUAGAUAAUAUAUUUUGUUCUACAUUUUGUAUUUGCU